AAUAAAUAUCUACAAGGUUUUUAUGACCAUAAGAUAAGCGUGAAUAUUUAUAAAUACAUAAAUAAAUAAAGCAACUGAUCAUUUUGAAAAAUUUAUAAUUGGCUUCUAGCGCCAGCUUAUUUGAAGUGAUAUAGCAAAACCAAGAAAAGAGUGCUCUCAAUUGGUUGUCUAAUGUCACGUCCCGAUAAAAUUUCAAAACGUGACACGCUCAGUCUGUGUUGUUUAUAACAUGAAGAACACGUGUUAAGUUGACUGUGUAAUAUAUAAGAAAUUGUUUAUCGUAUUAAAGUUUUUAUUAAAAUAUUAAUUAAGUAAUUAUAAUGUCGUGUAAAAUACAUAACGUGAGAUUUUAUAAUUUAGAACCUAGAUCAAUUUCUUGUCUGACUUAUGAGAAACGCAGCAAAAAAUUAGCUCUUUCGAGGAGUGAUAAUUCUAUAGAAAUAUGGGAUGUCAAAGACUUUCCAUUUUUAGAAUCAACAAUUGCUGGCGAUCCUGGUGAUUCAAUUGAGUCUAUGGUGUGGAUAAAUCAUUUGAGAUUAUUGUCGACUGGUUUAAAUGGUACAGUGAAAGAAUAUGACCUGAUACGUUUGCGUAAAAAAAAUGAAACCUCAGUUACUGGAGGUGCAGCUUGGUGUAUUGACAUUAACCCACAUAAAAACCGAGUAGCAGUUGGCACUGAAGAUGGAUACAUAAACACCUUUUCUGUAACUUCAGACUCUCUAAUUUAUGAACGAAUUUUUGAUAAACAAAAAGGUCGAAUUUUGUGUUUAAAAUGGGACAACACUGGAAACAUGAUAUUUACAGGAUCCCCAGAUACGAUUAGAGUGUGGAAUGCAGAAACUGGUCAUGCAGUUCACAAAAUGACAACUUCUAGGAAACAUAUAAAAAAAGAAACAAUUGUUUGGAGUCUUGGAGUAACAGAUAAUAAUUUUAUAGUUUCUGGAGACUCUAGAGGAGUUUUAUCGAUAUGGGAUCCAGUUGUAGGAAUACUUAUUGAGUCACAUGAAAGUCAUAUUGCAGAUAUUCUUGCUCUCAGUGUUUCGUGUGAUUCAAAUACUAUUUAUUGUGCUGGUGUUGAUUCAAUAAUACGUUGUUUCUCAAGAGUAAUCAAAACAGCUGGGUCUUCAAUCGACAAAAGUGGGAAAGUUACUCCAAGAUGGGUUAAAGGUAUUGAAAGACGAUUACAUACUCAUGAUGUAAGAUCAUUAGUUGAAGCUGAUGGAAAACUAUUUUCUGGCGGAGUUGAUGGUUAUCUAGCACAAUCAAGCUAUCCUCCAAAGAUGUUAACAAAAUAUCCACCAUUAUUAGAAACUCCAUCGGUCAUAGUUUGUCGAGAAUCACGCUGUAUAUUACUUCGAUAUGUUAAUUAUUUAGAAUUAUGGAAGCUUGGUACGGCUACGAAUGAAACUGUGUCUUCAGGAAUGUUUUAUCCACUAGAAAGUGAACCAAUUAAACUUCUUGAACUCCGAACAAAAGGAGGAGAAAGUAUUGUGUCUUACGCAGUGUCUAGAGAUUCUAAAAUAAUUGUCUAUUCUACAGAAAGCCAUACAAGAGUAUUUAAUUUUGAUUUAGUUGAUGGAAAUCCACAAUUAAUGAGAGGCAUCGAAAACAAUGACCUUCCAAUACAUAUACAAAAAAUGUCAUUCAGUCCUAAUAAUAAAUUAUUUGUGGCAGUAACUAAUGAGGAGGAUGGAAAUAAAAUAUCUAUUUUUAAAGUAAUUAAAAACAAACUUGUUUUUAAAGGUGUUCUCUUUGCAACUUCGAAAACGAUAGAAAACAUUAGAUUAUUAUGUUUUUCUCCAAAUGAAGAAUAUUUAAUAUGUUCAGAUCGACAAGGAAAUGUAAUUGUCUAUGUCAUAGAUGAAAAGCUGAUAUCAAAAUCACCUAACUGGUGGCCUUUACCAAAAUAUUCUCGCCCACCAACAGCUAUGGCAGUGCAGACAGGCACUUCUAAUCUUGUCAUUGUUUACUCGGAUCAUAAAGUGGUUGAGUAUAAUUUGCUGAAGAAACAAUACACCAAGUUUUCCAACGAGUUGCAAAAUCGAAUUCCAACACAUUGGCUUGCUCGACAAUUCCCUAUUACAAACAUCACAUUCGACCCAGCCAAUAAAGAUGUCAUAAUCGUUCAUGAUGACAACACUGUCUAUGCUAUUCAUAAAAAUUUCGAUUCGCAAAAUGUAAAACCUAUUAAAAUACGUAAAUAUAAUAAUGCAGAUGAUGAAAAUAGCUCAGGAUCUAGCUCGCAGGGUCACAACAUUUUUUCAAUUAUUAAAAAAUAUAAGCACCUGGUACAUUUGGAGUGGUUCAGUACUAAAGAAAUGGUUGCUGUUGAAAUACAUCCCACAUCGUUAUUAGAAAAAUUACCACCAAUGUUGAAAAAAAAAUGUUUUGGUGUAAUGUAAAUUUAAUCGAAUUUUACAAUUAAAACAAUUUUAAGUAAAA